GCGUUAAUGUAAAUAGGUACGUGAGUGUCACCAAUUUAGGCCUAAAUAUGUUUAUUUUAUUUUUAUGAAUUGUGUUGUUUAAUAAUUUAUUCGAGAUUCAAAAGAUCUGUAAGCGUGAGUUAUCUAAUGUUAUUCUAUAUUUUUUGGCUUUAACUUACACAAUUGACGUUGUUCUGGGAUAUCGAAUAUCGUGGAAGGAAGCAAAUUUAGUAUCAAAAUUCAAUUACACUGACGACUUUAAUUUUAAGUUUACGUCGUUUUACAAAGUUUUGGCUGAAACUGAAACUCAAAUUUUCGUUUGAUUUUCAGUAAACCUGAGGCUAUUAUGAACGUUAUUGGGCUUAUUACAAAUAAUAGUAACGUUGUAAUAUUAAUACUCUUAUGUUCUGUAUAAAGUAUUAGGAAUUUUUUUAAGGAUUGUCUAUUACUUAUAUAUAAUAAUGAAUACAUCAUGGUCGUGGACAAGGAAGUGUAUAAUGCAUAGAUCUGUAUUAAAUAAAGUAAAUGAUGUUCCACGAACAGGAUUCAAAUUCAGAGAACCUAUUUUAAAUGAAACUUGUGAACGAAAAUUUCAUUUCUUACAAGUAACAGAUAAGUCUAAAAAGCUAAAACACAAUUAUAAAAGAAACUUGAGAAUGCUAAUUAAAUUCUGUAAUGUGGGUGUGAGUGCAUCCCAUACUUCCCGUGCUGGAACUUCAGUUGAAAAGCUCAUGGAACCACAGACUAAACAAAAAAUAAAUUAUCAUGGAACUCUGGAAGAGAAAAAUAUGAAGCUGUUUGAAGGACCAAACUUAGAAUAUUUUAUUGCAAAUUCAGCAGUUAAUAUAAAUAACCAACUUGAAACAUCGCAUAAUUUGACGAAUGAAGUUGAACCACAUCCAUACGUCAGUAGUUUGGAAGUUUCAGGUCAUAAAAGAAAAGUGUUUUUUGAAACCUACGGUUGUCAGAUGAACGUGAAUGACACCGAAAUCGCAUGGUCUAUUCUCAAAAAUGCCGGUUUCGAAAGGACAGAAGAAAUAAAACAGGCAGAUGUCAUCCUGGUGAUGACUUGUGCUAUCCGUGAGGGAGCUGAACAAAAAAUAUGGAAUAGAUUACAGCAUUUAAAGUCCUUAAAAAGACGUAGACAGAAUGGAGGAAAAGGACCUGAAUUGAAAAUUGGAAUUCUGGGCUGUAUGGCUGAAAGGCUGAAGGAAAAACUUAUCGUAAAGGAAAGAAUGCUCGACAUCGUUGCCGGCCCUGAUAGCUAUCGUGACUUACCUCGUCUCCUGGCAGAAGCUGCUGACGGAAAAACAGCAGUUAAUGUAUUGCUAUCUUUAGAGGAAACAUAUGCAGACAUUGUUCCAGUUAGGCUUAAUCCUGGCUCAUCUUCAGCAUAUGUUUCAAUAAUGAGGGGAUGCGACAACAUGUGUAGCUACUGUAUAGUUCCAUUUACACGAGGUAGGGAGCGCAGCAGGCCAGUUAGUACCAUACUGGAUGAAAUAAAGAUACUUUCAGACCAGGGUAUCAAGGAAGUUACUCUUCUGGGCCAGAAUGUUAACAGUUACAGAGACACUUCUGAAAUGAAAUACUCUACAGUAGCGCCAUCUGUUAGAUCAGGCAUGUCGGAAAUGAGUCGAGGUUUUCAAACUGUGUAUAAGCCCAAACUUGGAGGUUUCAGGUUUGCUGAUCUUUUACAUAAAGUUUCUUGUGUAGACCCUGAAAUGAGAAUCCGCUUCACAUCUCCACAUCCAAAAGAUUUCCCAGAUGAAUUGUUGCACGUUAUAAGAGAACAGGCAAACAUCUGCAAAGUCCUACAUCUUCCGGCACAAAGUGGAAGCUCUGAAGUGUUGCAACAGAUGAGACGAGGAUACACUCGAGAGGCCUAUCUGGACCUGGUAUCACACGUUAGGUCCAUUGUUCCUGGUGUUGCUGUGACAAGCGACUUCAUGUGCGGCUUCUGCGGUGAAACCGAAACAGAUCACAGGGAAACAUUGUCUCUAAUAGAUCUGGUCAAGUACAACUUUGUGUACGUCUUCCCGUAUAGUAUGAGACAGAAAACUCGGGCUUUCCAUCAUCUCGAAGAUGAUGUACCAACAGACGUGAAAGCAAGACGAGUCAGUGAGGUUGUUGACCUUUUUCGUAAGAUUCUGUCGGAUUUAAAUAGAAACCAGAUUGGAAAACGUCAAUUAGUACUAGUCGAGGGUAAAAGUAAGAAAUCGGAUCGUUACUUGGCUGGACGAAAUGACAGAAACACAAAGGUUAUCUUUCCAUCAGUACCUAUCCCUAAUGGCUCAACGUCCACAGACUUAUUAACUAUCUCACCAGGAGACUAUGUUGUGGUGGAGAUCCAAGAAUGUAGUUCCCAAGUUUUAAAAGGAAACCCCCUGUACCAUACAACACUACAGAAGUUUGCAUUUUUGUAGGAUAAUGCCAAGGAAUGGGCCGUAUCAAAUUUUUCAUUAAAAACUUACGAAGUUGUUGUUAGAGAAGUCUUUAAUUUACCAAAUGUAAGGAAUUACUUGCAGUAUUUCUCAUAAUAAACAAAAAAUAGAUUUUUCUUUA